GAAGGCCCGGCAGGAAGGCUGACGUGUCCCGCCGGGACUGCCGGGCUGCGCAUGCGAUCCCAUCCGCCCGGCAGCGCCAUGGAGGAAGAGGAGGCGGGCGGGGAAGGCCCGUCCGUGCUGUUCCUGCACCCGGACCUGGGCCUGGGCGGCGCGGAGCGGCUGGUGGUGGACGCGGCGCUGGCGCUGCGGGCGCGGGGCUGCCGGGUGCAGAUUUGGACGGCGCACUACGACCCCGGGCGCUGCUUCGCGGAGACGCGGGGGCUGGCGGUGCGCAGCGCGGGCGGCUGGGUGCCGCGCUCCCUGUGCGGCCGCGGGCACGCCCUGUGCGCCGCCCUGCGCAUGGCCUGCCUGGCGCUGUACGUGCUGCUGCUCAGCGGGGAGAGCUGCGACGCCUUCGUCUGCGACCAGGUGUCUGCUUGCAUUCCCAUACUUAGACUGGCCAGAACCCGUAAGAAGGUUUUGUUUUACUGUCACUUUCCUGACCAGCUUCUGACCAAGAGAGAAUCUUUCCUGAAGCGUCUCUACAGAUGGCCACUCGACUGGCUGGAAGAGUACACGACUGGCAUGGCAGACUGUAUUGUUGUGAACAGCAAGUUUACUGCCAGCGUGUUCAAAGACACAUUUAAGUCCCUGUCUCACAUAAACCCAGAUGUCCUCUACCCAUCACUCAACAUCAAUAGCUUUGAAACAAUCGUUCCUGCAGACAUAGUUGACCUGAUACCGAAAAAGAAAAAGUUCUUGUUUCUUUCCAUUAAUAGGUAUGAGAGAAAAAAGAAUCUAGCAUUGGCUCUUGAAGCUUUGCAUGAACUUCGAGGAAGACUUGAUUCUCAUGAGUGGAAUGAAGUUCACCUGGUUAUGGCAGGUGGUUAUGAUAAACGAGUUCUGGAAAAUGUGGAGCACUACGAAGAGCUGAGGAGACUUGCAGCCAAGCUUGGUGUUAAUGAGCAUGUGACUUUUCUGAGAUCAUUCUCAGAUGAACAGAAAGUCUCCCUUUUUAGUAACUGUGUGUGUGUGCUUUAUACACCAAGCAAUGAACAUUUUGGUAUUGUCCCUUUGGAGGCAAUGUAUAUGAGAUGUCCAGUUAUAGCAGUUAAUUCAGGUGGUCCUUUAGAAUCAAUCUUGCAUAGUGUUACAGGAUUUUUGUGUGAUCCUCAACCAACCCAAUUCGCUGAAGCAAUGGAAAAAAUUGUGAGAGAUCCUAUCUUAAAGGACGCAAUGGGAGCAGCUGGGAGAGUGAGAGUUAUGGAAAAAUUUUCCUCAGAAGCUUUCUCAGAACAGCUGUACCAAUACAUUUGCAAAUUAACAGAAUAAAAUUAUAUUCCUAUAUUUUA